GAGUGAGUGAGACGGGCAGAUGGAGGAGGGACUGUAAUGGCGGCGGCCGGCAGCUCCCUGCUCUGACCCACGGCAAGCAUACAGCAACGACCCCCUCCUCGCCCCUUUCUCAGGCGGCCUCCGCCCCGCGGCCAGCGCGGGGCCACCCUCCCCGGCCCUUCCCCCAGCCGUCGGCUUCUCGCCCUGCGCCCCGGCCGGGGCCCCACACACAAUGGACGAGCUCGCCGGAGGCGGUGGUGGAGGCCCGGGGAUGGCAGCCCCUCCAAGGCAGCAGCAGGGACCUGGGGGGAACAUGAGCCCUUCGCCAGGGGGAAAUGGAGCGGCGGGCGGUGGGGGUCCUCCAGCCGCCGAGGGUGCGGGCUCCGCGGCAGGCCCGGAGCUGUCCCGGCCGCAGCAGUACACUAUCCCGGGGAUCCUGCACUACAUCCAGCACGAGUGGGCUCGGUUCGAGAUGGAGCGGGCGCACUGGGAGGUGGAGCGGGCCGAACUGCAGGCCCGGAUAGCAUUUUUGCAAGGAGAAAGAAAAGGUCAAGAAAACUUGAAGAAGGAUUUAGUAAGAAGAAUAAAGAUGUUAGAGUAUGCAUUAAAACAAGAAAGGGCAAAAUAUCACAAAUUAAAAUAUGGCACAGAACUGAACCAAGGUGAUUUGAAAAUGCCAACCUUUGAAUCAGAAGAAACCAAAGACACAGAAGCUCCCACAGCACCUCAGAAUAGCCAGUUAACGUGGAAGCAAGGCAGACAGCUGUUAAGACAAUAUCUUCAGGAAGUAGGUUACACAGAUACAAUAUUAGAUGUACGGUCUCAGCGGGUAAGGUCAUUACUUGGACUAUCUAAUUCAGAGCCAAAUGGAUCAGUAGAAACAAAGAACUUAGAACAGAUCCUGAAUGGAGGCGAAUCUCCUAAGCAGAAAGGACAAGAAAUCAAAAGGCCCUCUGGUGAUGUUCUUGAGACAUUCAAUUUUUUAGAAAAUGCUGAUGACAGUGAUGAAGAAGAGGAAAAUGACAUGAUUGAAGGCAUCCCAGAAGGAAAAGAUAAACAUCGGAUGAAUAAACACAAAAUAGGUAAUGAAGGUUUAGCUGCUGACCUAACUGAUGAUCCUGAUACUGAGGAAGCACUGAAAGAAUUUGAUUUUUUAGUGACAGCUGAAGAUGGUGAAGGAGCUGGAGAAGCACGGAGUUCAGGGGAUGGCACAGAAUGGGAUAAAGAUGACCUCUCCCCACCUACUGAGGUUUGGGAUGUAGACCAGGGAUUAAUAAGUAAACUGAAGGAACAGUACAAGAAGGAACGAAAGGGGAAGAAAGGGGUGAAGACUGAACCAAUAACGUUUCCAUCUGGAGGAGGCAAGUCAUUUAUUAUGGGUUCUGAUGAUGUUUUGUUAAGUGUACUGGGCCUUGGAGACCUUGCAGACUUGACGGUAACAAAUGAUGCAGACUAUAGUUAUGAUUUGCCUGCCAAUAAAGAUGCCUUUCGAAAGACAUGGAACCCCAAGUAUACACUACGUAGCCAUUUCGAUGGAGUACGGGCAUUAGCUUUUCAUCCUGUAGAACCUGUGCUGGUUACUGCCUCUGAGGACCAUACUCUGAAACUUUGGAACUUGCAAAAAACAGUUCCUGCCAAAAAGAGUGCCUCUUUAGAUGUAGAGCCUAUCUACACAUUUAGGGCCCACAUUGGUCCUGUUCUAUCAUUAGCUAUUAGUUCUAAUGGAGAACAGUGUUUUAGUGGUGGUAUUGAUGCAACCAUCCAGUGGUGGAAUAUGCCUAGCCCUAAUGUGGAUCCAUAUGAUACCUAUGAGCCAAAUGUUCUAGCUGGCACUUUAGUUGCACAUACAGAUGCUGUCUGGGGUCUUGCUUACAGUGGCAUAAAAAAUCAAUUACUGUCUUGUUCAGCAGAUGGCACUGUUAGGUUAUGGAAUCCACAAGAAAAAUUGCCAUGUAUUUGCACUUACAAUGGAGACAAGGAGCAUGGAAUACCUACAUCGGUUGACUUUAUAGGCUGUGAUCCAGCUCAUAUGGUGACCUCUUUCAACACUGGUAGUACAAUAAUUUAUGAUUUAGAAACAUCACAAUCAUUGGUGAUGCUUUCAUCACAGAUAGAUUCUGGUUUACAAUCCAGUAAUCACAUUAACAGAGUAGUAAGUCAUCCCACACUUCCUGUUACAAUAACUGCUCAUGAAGAUAGACACAUCAAAUUUUUUGACAAUAAAACGGGUAAAAUGAUCCAUUCUAUGGUAGCUCAUUUGGAUGCUGUUACAAGUCUAGCAGUAGAUCCUAAUGGAAUCUACCUGAUGUCUGGAAGCCAUGACUGUUCUAUUAGAUUGUGGAAUUUGGACAGCAAGACAUGUGUGCAAGAAAUAACAGCACAUAGGAAGAAAUUAGAUGAAUCGAUUUAUGAUGUUGCUUUCCAUCCAUCAAAAGCAUAUAUUGCCAGUGCAGGGGCUGAUGCCCUUGCUAAAGUAUUUGUGUGAAUCAACAAAAACUCACAUCUAACAAAUUUGCUUGGACAAAAAGAGGGUCUGCAUCACUGCCAUCUGAAAGGUUACUGAUAUGACACUACAUGUGAUCUGCUUGGUGAAAGCUAUUCAAGGCAGGCAUAAAUUGAUGGAAAUCACAUCUUAAUGUCAGGCUCAUUAAUUUAAUUGUAAUUACUGUAUCUUGUGGGACAAAUAAAAAGGACUCCAUUAUUUGUGGCCUGUACUGGAUAUGAACUGAGCGUAUGUCUGUUUUUUAGGUAUCUUUAAGCCAAUGUGGAGUCUGAUCUUACAAAAGACUUUUAUUUUGGACUCUGUGUGCUGCCUUAGGGUUAGGAAUGUGGUGCUCUUGUUGGGGGGAAAGUGAGCUCCAAGAGUAGCUUUUUUUCAUCUCUUAGUGAUUUUUCUGUUUAUCAGUUGAAUGCCACAGAUUCCCUUUUAAACUUAUUUUGCUUUAAAAAAAAAAAAAAAGAAAAUUUAACUUAAAAUAUUUUAGCAUUAGUUGCACAAAAUGUUUGGAUAAAAUUCUAGUUUUUAUAAGUCUUUUUAUAUAUUUAGCCUGUCACAACAGUGCUCAAGAUUGUAUUGAAGUUUUUCUGCAUUAUACAACCCUAAAACACAGAGAUCUCACUGACCCACUGCCGUGUAACCACACAUUUUCCUUCUUUUGCCUAAUACAGCUCAGCUAAGUCCUUCCAUAAAGAUGCUAAAUCACCUUCAUCAUCACAUAAUUGUCUUCAUAUACCAAGGACUAUUAAGUGUAUUAAAAUGAAACAGUGGGGUUUAAUACUCCAAAUGAACUCUUUAAAAAGAAAAAAAAAAAACUAAUCUUGGCAUCCUAUCACUAUGUGAUAUUUUGUACAUCUUACUGUAUUUACAAGUUUAUUUAUCAAGGAUUAUCCAUCUUGCUAAUAGCCUAUUAUUUAUUUCACUUUUUGUUGAUCUUUAUAUCCUUUUAUUAAUGUGCUAAAGGAACCUGUAUAUCUAUUUUGGAACUCUUUGAAUAGUCUAAAAUAGACUAAAAAUUGAAUAUUUUAUAGUUUAAGUUACAAACCAAUGUGAUUUCCCCCAUAUGCAUAUCUUGGUUUACCAUGAUUCCAAUCAAAAACUAUCUUGUUUAAAAAUACUUGGAGUAAAAUUUUAUUUGCAUUACAAAUAGGAUACAAAAAUAGUUGAAUCAGGAUACAGAAAUCUGCUGUGUUUGGAUUAGUUAUCCCUGUUUUAUUUUUUCAGAUGUGCUUAAUUUUAUGGUGUAACUAAAGAUUUUGUUUGUGUAAUGCAUGAUUAAGACAAUAAAGUAUUUUUUCUAGUCUUCCAAAAACUUUUCUGAUCAGUUUGCGAGUUUUGAUGAGUUUUGUAAGGUUUUUGUUUUACAAACUAUGAAUCAGCAAAUUUUUAAGAUUGUACCACAUAGCAAACGUACAUCUGUUGAAAAAUAAUGUAUAUAAAAUGCAUAUAAUAAAUAUUAAAUUGUGUACCUGUA